AUUCUCACUUCGAAUUUGAAAUCGGAGCAAAAACGUUCGGUCUGCGCGUAAGGGAGUGAAAUAAACGUUAGUUAUACUAUUCGAUUUCGUAGUGAAUCCAAUUGGCAACCAAUCAAACUCAAAGUGCAAUACGGAAACUGGCCUGUGCAACUCGAGUAAACCUAAUAUUUAGCCCAAAUUCCAUUCAGUAAGGCAAAGUUCUGGACCCAACUACCCCGGAAUUGUUAAAUAUUUAUACACACCACCAACGGAACGCACGCACUUACAUAUUUUACAUUGUGAGUGGCGCCAACAUAUGUAAAGCAGCGAUAAGAAAACAACCCAGAAUAGAAAAGGAAAGCAGGAAAAACAGGGGAGCCGAUACACAGACACAAUUAUUGGUUCGGAGGCUGGAGUCGGUUGGAGUGACGCAACUCCCACAACAAUUGCCACUGAUGAGGUGAACGAACUGGACAGCUCUCCACAGCAUCCAAUUACUGCCCCUCCAUCUCGGGCAAUUAACAGAAUCCCUAAUUGGGGGGCGAGUAGGAGGAGAGAGUGUCUUCAGUAAAGAUGCCAUCGCUGCGCCAGAAGGUCACCACUUACUUCCGCCAGUUGAGCUUCAUCGCAGAGCCUCGCGAGGGUCGCCGGCGGGCCAGUGAGCACGAGGUUGACGAUGGCAGCUUCAUAACCAAGUAUCUGGAGGGGCGCAUGCAGCGACAGUUUGUGGAUGGUCCGGAGAUCUACAAUGGCCAGAAUCCCACAGACAUGCCCGUCCUCAAGCUGGACUCCUACGAGGCUGGCACCUGCUCCAUAACAGCCGCCUGCACAGGACCAGACGAAGGACUCACCGGCAUCAAGCGCUCCAAGCUUCACCUGAGCACUAGUUUUGCGGACGACAUUGACUUCAUAGACACGCAGCAGGAGAACGAUGAUUGCUAUGGUGUGAGGAAGAGUACACCUCCGGUUCAGGCUACCGCACAGAACUCCACCCGACUGGCCAGCAAAUUCGGACGCCCGCCAACCGGAUCCCGGAGACAGAGCAGUGUGGACCAACCAUCCGGAUCGACGACUGCCUCGGGAAUGCGAUCCCGCAAGAACUCCAAGAGCAGUAUAGCCAAUCUGGCAGCGGCUUCUGGUGGCAGCGGCGAUGCUGGCAAAGCCAGCGGUGAUCAGAACAACAGAAACCUGUUGAAUGCAAAGACUGAGACCUCGGCGGACGGGGAUUGCAACUCGGAGCGGGAGCGUCUGCUCCGCGAGGCGGUGAGCAACCAGGGUGGCUCUGCUCCGUCUGCUCCGACUGCUGCGAUCGCCGGCGUGGAGAACUGGCGCAUGGAGUGCGAUUUCGCGUAUGGAAUCUCAGUGUCUCUGUACGAGACCAACAUGCUGACUAAGGAGCCCAUGGGCAAUCCCAUCGCCGACUGCUACGGCAUGGUGGUGCGUGGGGACUCAGCAGCCAUGGCCAUGGCAGACGGCGUCAAUUGGGGCGAUGGCGCCCGUCUGGCUGCCCGCUCCGCUGUACACGGCUGUCUGGACUAUCUGGAUAGGGCUGUGUUUGGGCAGGCACUGGAGUGCCGGGCUACUACCACCCAGGAGGUGUUCGUCAGCCUGCUGCGCAGUCUCUGGGAGGGACACGGCUGCAUCCUGGAAGUCGGAGGAGCCCUGUCCACGCUGACCAUUGCCGUGGUGCUGCCGCUGGACGGAGCACCAGGAAAGUAUGUGGUCUGCUCGUGCAAUGUGGGCGAUUCCCUGGGAUAUGUGUACUCCAAGAAGCACGGCGUACGCGAACUGACGCAGGCAUCCCACGACAUCAGUUCCAUGCGGGACAUGCGCGACGCCCUGGGCGCCCUUGGACCGGCCGAUGGUAACAAGCCGGAGCUAAGCAAUCUGACCUUCUCGAUGAGUUGCAUCGAACGCGGCGACAUCGUUUUCCUUACCUCGGAUGGUAUUAGCGAUAACUUUGAUCCCGUGGUGGGCAAAUUUGCCGAGGCCUGGACGCCGGAUGUUAAGAUGCAGUCGGCGACGGGGCAUGGUAAACCGGCGAUUCUGGCUCCCAAACGUCAGAACAAGAGUGCAUCUGCGAUCUAUGCCCGCCUGCAUCCCUCGACGCCACCCACGCGACCCGCUCGUCAGUCCAAGGCGGGCAGUCCGCCCAGCAAUGCGCCCAGUCGGCCGAAGUACAUGCGUUCCCAAACGCUCAUCGAACCACGACAGGGACUGGUAUCGUCGCCGCCACCACCUGUGGCCCUUCAGCGCAUUCCAAAGUCCAUUUCGGGCUUGCCCCUGGUGACCGGUCCGCAGAGGCAUGCUCUCACCCUGUACCGCUUGGAGGAUCUGCUCAGCUACGGCAUAAACGGCACCUUCUCGCCCUGCGUUUCGGCCCGGAGACUUUGCCACUUGCUCAUCGAUUUCGUCCGGAUGAUAACCUCGGCGAGGAGAAAGACCCUGGAGCAGCGGGAGCUGUUCUACAAACUAUCAACGGGACCAGAUGGCGCCAAGCGGGAGGUGCAGCUUAAUCGCAUGCAGCAUCGAGCGGCCAGGAAGCGGGUGGUGGACAGCAGCGCUUUCGUGGCUCUACCUGGAAAACUGGAUCACGCCACUGUGAUGGCCUACACAGUGGGCGGUGGAGAGGAUCAGGACAAUGGCAAUGUCAACGGCGAUGGUGCAGCCAUUUCCCCCGUACUGCAAUCCAAGGAGUUCAAGGAGACGAAUUUCUAAAACAGAGAAAUCGCUAGACUGCAGACUAAGCUUUUUAUACAUUUUUCUCACCCGCAAAUGGGUAGUUCUGACUUAUGUUAAAUCAAUUAUCUUCGGGGUCUAUAAAUAAAUAAUUCCAAAUGUA